CUGGUUUAAAGGCAGUCAGAGGAGGAGAGAAGCCCAGCAGAGACAGACAUACAGUACACCCAGAGAGCUGAACUCAGGUGGUGCUCCAGAGUGAUCUCGCCAUGCGUGUGGUCGUUGUGCUGCUGUGUGUCCUGGGCACUGCGCUGUCAGCCUCGAUCUUUCAGAAGAACGGUCAGCUGAGGCUGAGAAAGGUCCGGACCCCCCCUGGGCAGCAGGGCUCCCCCACAGAGUCCCCGCUGCCUGGUCCCGGGGGCACCUCGAAAUCCCCCACUCCAGCUCCCCCUCCUCUCUUCCCCGGCCCCACGGCACCACAGAACCCAUUCAUCCAGAAUGAGCCUGGCCCCAAUGCACCCCAAUUCCCUUUCCCUGGGCCCGAUGCACCCCAAUUCCCCUUCCCAGGCCCCGAUGCACCCCAAUUCCCUUUCCCUGGCCCCGAUGCACCCCAAUUCCCCUUUCCAGGUCCCAGUGCACCCCAGUUUCCUUUCCCUGGUCCUUGUGCACCCCAAUUCCCCUUCCUUGGCCCUGGAGGACCCCACUUCCCCUUCCCAGGUCCUGGUGCACCCCACUUCCCCUUCCCUGGCCCCAUCCCAAGACUGGACACCCCACCAAGAGACCCCUCCCUCCAUAACGGGCACCCCCCUCGGCCUCCCUGCACCCCACCCUUCUAUAGGCCGUACUACUUCAAUGCAGCACUGCCACACCCCCAGUACCUCCCUUACCCCUCCUUCAUGGGCCCCCCGCCCCCCAUCUUCUCAGCCUACCCCCCCUUCCCCCCAGGGCCCUUCUUCCCCGGGCACGCCCGGGCUGGGGUGGCAUUGCCCCUCAACAUGCCCCCGCUGCCCUCUGUGCCCAGGAGCAGGGUGAGGGCGGGCGCUGCCUCUGUCAGCCCCCCUCCCUUGCGGGGCUUUGCCCAGCCGGCGCAGGGGGUGCGGGGUCUGUACCCAGGGGGGGCAGGAGAAAUGCGGAGCGGGGCAGGUGCUGGGAGAUCGACCCUGCUGCCCCAGAGCCUGGUGAGCAACGAGAAGGGGCACAACGGGGACUCCGCACAGACCGUCUAGGUGAGAGG